AUGCAGGAACCCGUCCGAGUAAAUCGCGGUGGUCACGUUUCUGAGGACGAUGAGCGACAUCUUCCCGGACUCACGAUCGGCAACGCGACGCGAGGAGGAGUCCAAGGUUUGAAAGACGAAGCGAGGUUCGAAAAUGUAGAAAGCCCGAGACACACGAUGAAGAUCAAGAGUCUCCAGAGAGUCCAAUCGCUCCCUCGGUCGGAGGAUGACGACUUUCUCAUAGAACUGAAAGAGAUGUGGGACGAGCCAGCGGACGAUGUCAAUAUCAAAACAGAACUCCAGAAAGUCAAAGAUAAAAUCUUGAGCGGGCAGCUUCAAGUCGAUAACGAAGAACAGCUGCGGACAUUUCUGGCCAGUGACGACGCGGAAUUCAUUGGAGUUCUCUGGGACAUAGACCAUGACAAUUUCCUCCACAUGAUGGCGGAGGACACCCACAACAGAUAUCUGAUCAAGUUUCUGGUCGAGGAGCGGAGUCAACUCAUGUUCGGGACUGAUAAAAUUGGGUGGUAUCCCCUCCACGUCGCCAUCUCGAACACCAACGUCGACUUCAUCACGGCGGUGCUUGAUAGCAAAUUUGCCAAAACAGAUGACUUGAAAAAGGUCCUUGCGCACAAGGGGGUCGCGUCCGGGAACUGUAUCCACCUCGGGCUACAAAAGGGCCUCGAUCCAAAGCUGAUGAUCAGAUUAAUCGCGAAGGCGGAUGAGGCGACGCUGCUAGCGCUGGACGGGUCCCAGCAAACACCCCUCCAUUGCGCCGUCGACUACAAAAGUUGCCGGAAAGGUCAAUUUGAGGUCGUUCAAGCCCUGCUCAAGUACGGCGAUGCGGCUCUCGACAUGGAAGGGGGCAUCCACGGUCAGCUCUCUCCGUAUCGCUAUCACCAAGAAACAAGAAAGAUCGCAAUGAAAAAAAAGGAGGAGGAAGAAUGGAAAAGACAGAAUGAGGGGAGAGGGAGCCAGCAGCCACGAGUUGGGGCCGAGAACCGCGGCGUUCGUGAUCCUUCUCAUUACCGGGAUGCCUGCCAGGCCGAUCUCCGCAAGGACCUAGAGGAUGACAAGGAGGAAGCCAAAGAGCGCAAGGAUGUGAUUGACCUUGACCCGCGAGCGUACGGCAUGCGCAGACCAUCGAAUGUAGGUCGAACGGAUUCGAUGGGGUCUCGAAGAAGAUCUCCCGCACGUAGUGUCCAAACAGGAGGAAACCCACCAGCUCCCCUUCCGAUCAUUGAAGACGUGCUGUCCUCGCCAAGUCCCGUCCCGGCGAAUCUAGGGAAACCCAGGAAACUAAAACGGCCCUUCGGCACCCCGAGGCGGUCAGUGGGAUCGUUGAAGGUCCAGAGGCCUGAAGUACCGCCGGACGACGAGACGGCGGACCAGAUUGCGCAGGAAUUGAAGCUGCACUAUCUCCGAAGCAUUUUCAAAGGCUCUGCUUAUUCGGGGCCCCUGGAUUCUGGGGGCCGAGAUAGACGAGAACCUCGAAAUCAUGACAGAGCCGUCAGAUUUUUGUACGGGGACAACAGAGAAAACCGUCACAUAUGCUUUAACUUUCUCGACGGCCCGUCGAAGAUGAGCGAGGAUAAAUUCAGGACGACCUACGGGGGGUUUAAGUUCGACCAUGUUCUGCAGUACGUCGGGUUCCGCCGUCUGGAGUUUACCACACGCGAGCUGCCACCUAGAGGAGGAGAUUCCAUGUCCAAAUCGUCUGGUUCCACGGGCAAGGGACGAAGAGAUAUGGAGGUUCCAUUCAAGUGGCUUCACGACAAAGGAGUGACAAAUAUAGUGAAGGUCAUCGUCGACGACUUGGAACCACCCUGUCACAAAGACGAGUCAAUCCAAAACGCAUUGAGGAAGUUUGAUAUUGAGAUCCUCGACUGGAGAAAGAUUGACCUCUGUCCAGAUACAAUCUGCAAGUCCUGCCCAAACCUGCGUGAGGUCCACCUCUGGUGGAGCGGAAACAAUGGAAUCCUGAGAGCGUGGAGUGAGCCGGACGGGUUGGCAAGGCUGGAACGACUGGAGACCAUCCAGCUUCACCAAACACAGGAAUUAGAGUCCGAGUCGUGGACGGACAUGAAUAUCGCGACGUUUCGAAAAAGGCUUAGAGAGUUGAGAGACGCGCAAAACGCGAAUCGAUUGCCCGGCGACAAGCUGCCAAAAAUUCGUGUGGGGGAGCCGAUCAAGGCCAUGGAUGGACCGGCCCAACGACCAAGCGGCUUACACCGCAAAACCGACCCCAAGGUCCAGCGGGAAACCCACAAGUGGCUCACCAUCAUGGACACGUUCGCCGACGAGAUAUACAAGAUCAAACCGGACCGCGAUGUCGAGUUCUUCGAGUCCCUCCCUGCAGAACUCAGACAGGACGUGAGAGUCGCGUUGAUUGAUGACGGUGUGCAAUUCGGCCAUGAGAGUCUGCAGGACAAGAUUCAAGAUGGCUGGAGCUUCGAUGACGGCUAUGACGGCGUCGAUCUUCCCGGAGCGAGGCGCCCAUUCCACGAGUCCAGCACUGGCCAUGGAACACUGAUGGCCAACAUGAUCUGUCGCAUCUGUCCAAAUGCUAAGAUAUUUGUUUGUCGGUUGAACGUGUAUCCUGGGGACGGCACAAAGGCCCAAUUUUCAGCCAAGAGUGCAGCCGACGCAGCCGAAUAUUGCGCAACUCGAGGAUUUGACAUUAUCUCCAUGUCAUGGACAAUCCGCAAGUCGAUAUAUACCACGGACUCGAUCAACGACGUAAAGGACCUCGAGCGCCUAGAGAAAGCUCUGGACGUGGCAUGCAAGAACGGGGCUCUUCUUUUCUGCUCGGCCCCGGACGAAGGCGGCAUCUCAGACGAGAAGUUCCGCACCUAUUAUCCUGUCGGGUGCGACUUGUUGUCCAGCCGCAUCUUCAAAAUCGGAGCCGCGACCUCGACCAACAAAGAAGCAGACCGUACCGGCAAGUCCUCUCAACUCGAUUUCAUCCUUCCUGGACACGACGUCAGAGAAAGAGGGGCCGACGGGAUCAAAGUCGACGAGAGCCUCAAGAGUGGAUCAUCGGUGGCCACGGCGUUGGCCGCCGGACUGGCGGCGCUCGUCAUCCACAUCGUGCGGCUGGGUGCCAUCGAGACCAUCCGCGCACGCCUCACCAAACUGAAGAGCGACGCGAGAAAGAGUGAUGGGGACAGCAUGAGCGAAGACGGCGCCAGCACCGUGGACAACACGAACGAGGAUAUGAGGGCAGCGUUGGAUGCGGUCGCGAUCAAGCUGGAGGAUUAUGCCGAUAUUAAGAAGUUUGAGCACAUGAUGCGCAUCCUGACCGCCAUCCCACGGCAGCGAAAGGCAGGCGAGACUUGGAAAUACCUGGAGGUGGACAAUACCUUCGAAGGCCCCGGAAAGGCACUGGCCAACAAAGAGGCGACCGAGAGCCAGAAGAGCAUGGUUGUGACCAAGCUUGCCAUGAAUUUCGUGGGCUCGGGUCAGUCCAAGCUAUGA